AAUGUGUCAAACUAUAGUGAAGUUGCUGGAGGCAUUUUGAAGACAAAUAAUUGUAAAACUAUUAUUUUCGGUAUUUUGGGAGUUAUAGAGGUUGUCAAGAGACCCCUAACUAACUUCACCUGCAAGUUUAAUUCAAUAAAUCAUUACUCAUGCGGCUUUACAUCAUAGAUGACAUUACACUAAACCUAACCCUAUUUUUCUAUUGGAAAAGUACGUGAACGGAACUAAGAAAGAAAAGAUAUAAACAAACGAAAGUAAAUACGGAGAAUAAUGUCGGCAAAAUUUAUAAAUAGAAUUUCCACUGAUUUGUAAAACCAGAACGAGAGCUUUUCUGAGUUUUCAUGAAAAUUCACGAAAACGAAAAUUCAAUGCGAGCAGCGCUGCAGAUGAUCGAGAAAGUUCGGCAAUUGAGGAAAACAGUGCGUUUGUCGGUCAGCUGAACUUAUAAAAGUGCACACCUUUUAGUCGCCGCAAUCUAACAAGCACAAUUCUUAUUAUUGACGUGACACAACUGUGAAUAUAAAAUAAAAAAAAUAUUUAAUUUACAAAUAAGGAAUAUUAAUUAAUAAAAGCAGCAAUUAAUAUUUGUGAAAUGACGAAUAAUACAAAUAAUUCCACCGAAAAUGAAGAAGAGGCUCUGACCUACAAAACCGAAGGCAAUGCAGCAUUCAAAGGUGAAAAGUGGGACGAGGCCGUUAAAUGUUAUACCAAAGCUAUAGCAGCUGGACAAAAACACAAGGAAUUAUCUGUUUUCUACAAAAAUCGCGCUGCAGCAUACUUGAAACUGGGUAAAUACCAGGCUGCUUUAGAUGAUUGCACAGAAUCCUUGCGCAUUACACCAAAGGAUCCCAAGGCACUAUUUCGUCGUGCACAGUCCUACGAAGCGCUGCAAAAAUAUGAAGAAGCUUACAAAGAUGCCACCGAUUUGUUUAAAGAGGAUCCCACUAACAAAUUAGUACAGCCAAUGCUCCAACGUCUGCAUCAGAUUGUACAGGAACGUGUAGCUCAGAAUGCCAAAACAUCAACAAAGGUCAACCAAAUGAUGGAACUUACUUUUGAUUUUGGCGCUCCAGUUGAUAAACGGCGUUCUGGGGCCAACAAUCUAUUAGUUCUUGCAAAAGAAGAAGUUGGUGCAGACAUGAUCUUCAAAGCUGGAUGCAUUACGAAAAUUGCCUCACUGACCAAAGUAGAAAAGGAUCCUGAAAUUUAUUGCAAUCUGAUUCGUGUCGUUGGCGAAUUGUGCAAUGGCUCAGUAGAUCGAACCAAAGCAGUUUUGCGGGAGUUGGGUGUUCCAUGGUUCCUUCAUGUAUUAGAUCAUAAGCAUGAGGAACGAGUUACGGCUGCACAGUAUUGCUUACAAAUCAUCAUUAACUCAUUGUCGGGCAUGGAGAAUAAGCCGGACAGUAAACCCAAUAAAGAACUUUGCCAGCAGCAUCAAAAGGAAAUCGACACACUUCUCACCUGUCUAGUUUACACAAUAACCGAUCGCACGAUUUCAGGUCCAGCACGUGAUGCCAUUAUCGAGUUAUUGACGCGAAAUGUUCACUACACCGCACUCGAAUGGGCGGAGAGAUUGGUGGAAAUUCGCGGCUUGCAUCGUUUAUUGGAUGUCUGCUCAGAGUUGGAAGAGUACAAGUAUGAGAGUGCGAUGGAAAUGACGCCAUCUUCACGCACAAUAGCAUCUGUGUGUAUGGCGCGCAUCUAUGAGAACAUGUAUUAUGAUGACGCCAGAAAGCGAUUUGGCGAACAGAUUGACGAGUAUAUCAAAGAUAAACUCUUGGAACCCGAUAUGGAGUCUAAAGUACGCGUGACUGUGGCUAUUACUUCUUUACUGAAUGGGCCACUGGAUGUUGGCAAUCAGAUUGUAGCGCGGGAUGGCAUCUUGCAAAUGAUCUUGGCCAUGGCCACUACCGACGAUGAGUUGCAACAACGCGUCGCUUGUGAAUGUAUAGUGGCCGCUGCCUCUAAAAAGGACAAAGCCAAAGCACUUUGCGCCCAGGGCGUCGAUAUUCUUAAAAACCUAUAUAAAUGCAAAAAUGACAAUAUACGUGUGCGCGCUUUAGUCGGACUUUGCAAGUUGGGUAGUUACGGUGGGCAGGAUGCUGCCAUACGCCCAUUCGCUGAUGGAGCUACAAGCAAAUUAGCCGAAGCUUGUCGCCGUUUCCUAGUAAAACCGGGCAAGGAUCGUGAUAUACGUCGUUGGGCUGCGGACGGCCUGGCUUACCUUACACUUGAUGCUGAGGUUAAAGAAAAGCUGAUCGAGGACAAAGCUGCAAUUCAUGCGCUAAUCGAUUUGGCACGUUCUGGCGAUCAAUCCUGUCUUUAUGGUGUAGUAACGACAUUUGUAAAUCUCGUGAAUGCCUACGAAAAGCAAGAGAUCUUGCCGGAGAUGGUAGAGCUGGCGAAGUUCGCUAAGCACCAUAUACCGGAGGAGCACGAAUUAGAUGACGCCGACUUCGUGAAUAAACGUUGUACGGUUCUGGCCAACGAAGGUAUCACAAGCGCAUUAUGUGCGCUUGCAAAAACUGAGAGCCACAACUCUCAAGAACUGAUCGCCCGUGUACUUAACGCAAUAUGCAGUUUACAAGAGUUGCGCGGCAAAGUAGUGCAAGAUGGUGGUGUCAAAGCAUUGCUGCGUAUGUCAUUAGAGGGCACCGAAAAGGGUAAGCGGCAUGCCUCCCAGGCUUUAGCGCGCAUCGGUAUUACCAUAAAUCCCGAAGUGGCCUUUGCCGGACAACGUUGUUUGGAUGUAAUACGCCCACUCUUGAAUUUGCUGCUGCAAGAUUGCACUGCACUGGAAAACUUUGAAGCGCUAAUGGCGCUGACAAAUCUAGCGGCGAUGAAUGAGACUGUGCGUCAGCGUAUCGUCAAGGAGCAGGGUGUGUCAAAAAUUGAAUUCUAUUUGAUGGAGGAUCACUUGUACUUGACCCGUGCGGCGGCACAAUGCAUCUGCAAUCUGGUGAUGUCCGAUGACGUGGUGAAGAUGUUUGAACAACCUAACGAUCGUGUCAAGUUUUUGGCGCUGUUGUGUGAAGAGGAGGAUGAAGACACAGCAAAGGCUUGCGCUGGUGCGUUGGCCAUGCUAACGUCAGUUUCGAAAAUAUGUUGCUCCAAAAUAUUAGAAAUCAGUACAUGGUUACAGGUACUGCACACGCUCAUUGCCAAUCCAAGUCCCGAAGUGCAGCAUCGCGGCGUGGUAGUCGUAUUGAAUAUGAUUAAUGCCGGCGAGGACAUUGCGCAGAAACUUUUGGAAACAGAUGUUAUGGAAUUACUUAGCGGCUUGUCACAAUUGCCAGAUGAAACGCGAGUCAAAGCACGCGAGAUUGCGCAACAGUGCCUGACAGCGGCGGAACGUUACAAUAUUAUUGAAAAAACGGACGAUGCUAUGGUGCCAGAUGUCUUUGAAGAAACGGCACGAAUUGAGGAGAUCGAGGAGUAAUUAUUCGUACAAGAUUUUACAAGUUAGGUAAAGAUUGCCAUAAGUGCCAAAGUAACAAAAAAGAAUAAAAACAAAUACCUGCGCAUGUAUUCGCAUAGGUUUUUUCUGCUAUCCUGUUCCCACUAUAUUUUUAGUGUUACACCACAACUUUUUUAUGCAUGUACUUAUUUUUUACUAAACCAUUUGGUCGACGAAUUUACAAUAAAUUCAUUAUGGACGUUUUAAAAAUUUCAUCCAAUAAAGUUUGAGUUUUAAUUGAAAACUGGA